GCGGCUGGCAGCGGGCGGCACGGGCGGGACGGCGCCGGGGCGGCGAGGAAGGGGCAGGAGAACAGUGAGACACAGGACAAAGCUCCCACCUUCCCUGCAGCCUCCCCCGGCCUCUGGCAGCUCCCUGUGAUGUGCAGGUCGUGUCCCCACAGCAGGUGCCCGAGGUGCUGAUGUGACACCCACCACUGCCUGCUCCUUGCCAGGGCCAUGGGGAAACUGCAGAGUAAAAUCAGCUUCCACACCGCCAAAUACAGGGCCGAUGGCUCCGUGGGACAGACGGGACCCGCUGGUGCCUCCCGGCAGCACAGCCCUGCUCACACCGAUGCUGUCACCUCUGUGGCUGCUCUCAAACCUGACCUGUGUGUGUCAGGAGGAAAGGAUAAGAGUGUGGCUGUGUCCAGCUGGAGGUCUGGGGCUGCCCUGCGCCGCUUCAUUGGCCACGAGCGCGAGGUCACCAAGGUCACCUCAGCCCUUGACUCUAGCAGAGUCUUCAGCGCAUCCCGGGACAAGACAGUGAUGAUGUGGGAGCUUCACGGGACUUCAGGGCCAAGCCAGCACUUCCCAGGACAUGACCUGGUUGUUACAGGACUGGCUGUGAGCCCAGAUGCCUCCCAGCUGUGCACAGGCUCCCGGGACAACACCGUGUGCAAGUGGGACACUGAGACCGGGGAGUGUGUGGGCAGAGCUGCAAUCUCCAGGAAUCUGGUCACACACCUGUGCUGGGUUCCUGGGGAGCCUUAUGUCAUCCAGACCUCAGAGGAUAAAACCACCAGGGUGUGGGACAGCCGGGAGCUGCAGGUGGCACACACGUUCCCAGCCAAGCAGCACAUCCAGACGUGCUGUGACGUGAGCCAGGACGGGCGGUACUGCCUGAGCAGCAGCAGCGGCUCCGCGGGCCACGGCGCCGAGGCCACCCUCUGGGACCUGAGGCAGACCCGAGGCCGAGUGUGUGAGUACAAAGGACAUUUCCAGACCACCACCUCCUGUGUUUUCCUGCCCCGGGGCCCUGCCCUCGCCCCCAGCAUUGCCACGUCCUCCAGCGACAGCACAGUGAAGGUCUGGGACCAAGACACUGCAGCCUGCCUGGCCACGCUGUGCCUCGAGGGCUCUGGCCCGCUGGUCUCGCUGGCUGCCUGCGACAGCUCCACCCUGCUCUGUGCCAGCUCCAACUCCGGCAUCCACGUGCUCCGGGUGAGGGGCAGCACAGAGCUGGCCCUGGAGGAGGUGGCAGCAUUCUGAGCACUGGAAGCCCUGUCAGACACUGUCCCAGGAGGAGGUGGCAGCGUUCUGAGAACUGGAAGCCCUGUCAGACACUGUCCCAGUGACCCCCAAGAGCUGCCCUGAUGGUGGGCAGCAGGGACUCUGUGCCAGUGGGACAUGGCAGCAGGGCUGGGGUAGUUGCUGGUUGGUUUGUGGGUGAGAGGGAGGCACCAGAGGUGUCCAGGAGAAAAGCCAAACCCUGGGAGCCUUCAGGCCAAGCUCUUGCUCCUGACUGAGCCUCUCUGCAGCCAGAGGGAGGAAAUGAGACACCAGGACCAAAGGACAGAUACUUGAGCACCAGGCACACAGCUGGACCUGGGUUUGGACCAGCAGAGACUGUAAUUAAAUAACUCUUCUGUGUUAA